AUGGCGGAUCCAAUGGUUGAUCAAAUGACUCGUCUGAAAUUAAGGCUGCUGGAAAAGAAACUGGAGAAUGAGCGAGAAGGCCAUCAUGAAAGAGCUGAUUCAGCAUUUUCCAUAAAAAGCUGUGAUGGACAGACUUAUGCACUGCACAGUGCACUGAGACGUAAGAGAGACUUGCUCCAGAGACUAAGGGAGCAGCACAUGUUAGAAGACUUAGCACGGCCACAGACAUGGGCUGGAUCUCACAGACAGCAUCAGUAUGAAUCACUGUCCUUACCUGCUCGACCUGCACCCCCUGUGUAUAUCUAUCAGUCUCCUCAUCCCGCUCCAGUGGCUCCACAACCUUCAGUCCCACAACCUCCCCAAAUCAUUCAACACCCUGUAAGAGGAUGCCAUCCACCAGCCACCAUAAUUCUGCCACAGCAGCAGCAGCCGCUUAUUGCACCCUUCCAACCUGCAACCUACAGAUCAGGCAGCAUUAAAGAAGACAUGGUAGAGCUAAUGCUCAUGCAAAAUGCUCAAAUGCACCAGAUCAUUAUGCACAACAUGAUGCUGAAGGCACUUCCUCCAAUGGCCACUGGCACUGCCUUGAGUCCUCCAACAGGCCAGCAGAACUACAUGAAAGCCAAGGGAAGCGCCAUCCAUCAUCACCACUAUGUGUCUCCACCACUUCCACCCAUUGGCUAUACUGCCUGGCCAUCUAUGAUGACAGCAGGAAAGGUCGGAGCUUACGAGCCAUGUAUACAGCCUGUGACUGGCCCAGUAACUUUUCCUCCCCUUAACACAAUGACUGCUGAUGGACUAAGGACAGGAGUUCCCUUCAGAUUAUAAAGUAAAGACACA